UUCCUUUUUACCGACAAAAGCCCGUACUCGAUAAAAUAUAUUAUUCCGAGCACGGGUUUUUUAGUCAAAACGCAUCUUGUCUUUAUCACGAGUUAUUUCCCUUGGUUAACGCUACUUGUAGUUUUGCCAAUAUUCGCAGGUUCUUCAAUUUUCUUUCUCCCUCAUAAGGGGAAUAAGGUAUUUAGGUGGUAUACUAUAUGUAUAUGCUUAUUAGAACUCCUUCUAACAACCUAUGUGUUCUGUUAUCAUUUCCAAUUGGACGAUCCAUUAAUUCAAUUGGAGGAGGAUUUUAAAUGGAUAAAUAUUUUUGAUUUUCACUGGAGACUGGGAAUCGAUGGGCUUUCCAUGGGACCCAUUUUACUGACAGGAUUUAUCACUACUUUAGCUACUUUAGCAGCUUGGCCUGUUACUCGAAAUUCGCGAUUAUUCUAUUUCCUGAUGUUAGCAAUGUACAGUGGUCAAAUAGGAUUAUUUUCUUCUCGAGACCUUUUACUUUUUUUCCUUAUGUGGGAGUUAGAAUUAAUUCCUGUUUACUUACUUUUAUCCAUGUGGGGGGGAAAGAAACGUUUGUACUCGGCUACAAAGUUUAUUUUGUACACUGCGGGGGGUUCCAUUUUUCUCUUAAUAGGGGUUCUAGGUGUGGCUUUAUAUGGUUCCAAUGAACCAACAUUGGAUUUUGAAAGAUUAGCUCGUCAGUCAUAUCAUGUGGCAUUAGAAAUAACAUUCUAUUAGGGCUUCCUUAUUGCUUAUGCUGCCAAAUUGCCUAUUAUACCCCUACAUACAUGGCUACCAGAUACCCAUGGAGAAGCACAUUACAGUCCAUGUAUGCUUCUAGCAAGAAUCUUUUUAAAAAUGGGAGCAUAUUGAUUGAUUCGGAUCAAUAUGGAAUUAUUACCGCACGCCCACUGUAUAUUUUCUCCCUGGUUGGUGAUAGUAGGGACAAUACAAAUAAUCUAUGCAGCUUCAACUUCUCUUGGUCAACGCAAUUAAAAAAAGAGAAUAGCCUAUUCUUCUGUAUCUCAAAUAAAGUUUUUUUAA